GCCCGCGCCGUCACCAUGAGCCAGGCCUACUCGUCCAGCCAGCUCACGUCCUCCUACCACCGCAGGUUCGGUGGGGCCUCGGGCUUCCCGCUCGGCUCCCCGCUGAGCUCGCCGGUGUUCCCGCGCGGGAGCUUCGGCACCAAGGGCUCCUCGAGCUCGGUGACGUCCCGCGUGUACCAGGUGUCGCGCACGUCGGGCGGGGCCGGGGGCCUGGGGUCGCUGCGGGCCAGCCGGCUGGGGACGGCCCGCGUGCCCUCCUCCUCCUCCUACGGCGCGGGCGAGCUGCUGGACUUCUCGCUGGCCGACGCCGUGAACCAGGAGUUCCUGACCACGCGCACCAACGAGAAGGUGGAGCUGCAGGAACUCAACGACCGCUUCGCCAACUACAUCGAGAAGGUGCGCUUCCUGGAGCAGCAGAACGCGGCGCUCGCCGCCGAGGUGAACCGGCUCAAGGGCCGCGAGCCGACCCGGGUGGCCGAGAUCUACGAGGAGGAGCUGCGGGAGCUGCGGCGCCAGGUGGAGGUGCUCACCAACCAGCGCGCCCGCGUCGACGUCGAGCGCGACAAUUUGCUGGACGACCUGCAGCGGCUCAAGGCCAAGCUGCAAGAGGAGAUUCAGUUGAAAGAAGAAGCAGAGAACAAUUUGGCUGCCUUCCGAGCGGACGUGGAUGCCGCUACUCUAGCUCGAAUUGACCUGGAGCGCAGGAUUGAAUCUCUCAACGAGGAAAUUGCGUUCCUUAAGAAAGUGCAUGAGGAGGAGAUCCGAGAGCUACAGGCCCAACUUCAGGAACAACAAGUACAAGUAGAGAUGGAUAUGUCCAAGCCAGACCUCACUGCUGCCCUCAGGGACAUCCGGGCUCAGUAUGAGACCAUUGCAGCUAAGAACAUCUCAGAAGCUGAGGAAUGGUACAAGUCAAAGGUGUCCGACCUGACCCAGGCAGCCAACAAGAAUAACGAUGCGCUGCGCCAGGCCAAGCAGGAGAUGAUGGAGUACCGACACCAGAUCCAGUCCUACACCUGUGAAAUCGAUGCCCUCAAGGGCACUAACGAUUCCCUAAUGAGGCAGAUGCGGGAGCUGGAAGACCGCUUUGCUAGUGAGGCCAGUGGCUACCAGGACAACAUUGCACGUCUGGAAGAAGAGAUCAGGCACCUCAAGGAUGAGAUGGCCCGCCACCUGCGCGAGUACCAGGACCUGCUCAAUGUCAAGAUGGCCCUAGAUGUGGAGAUCGCCACCUACCGGAAGCUGCUGGAGGGCGAGGAAAGCCGGAUCAACAUCCCCAUCCAGACCUUCUCUGCUCUCAACUUCCGAGAAACAAGCCCUGAGCAAAGGGGUUCUGAGGUCCAUACCAAGAAGACAGUGAUGAUCAAGACCAUCGAGACCCGGGAUGGGGAGGUCGUCAGUGAGGCCACACAGCAGCAACAUGAGGUGCUCUAAAGCCAGAGACCCCUCUGCCAUCAGAGACCAACCUCGCCCCUGUCCUCACUGCCUCCUGAAGCCAGCCUCCUUCCAUCCCAGGUCACCACACCCAGCCACAGUGCUCCCCUCACAGCCUCUGACCCCUGCUCACCGACCACUGCUCAUGGCCCCUACAGGGGACAUGGCUCACCCCUGCCCAGGCACAGGCAGCCCCAGCUGUGUGAGUCCUGGAUGUUGGAGAUGAGUGAGCCUGAUUCCUGGCUGCCCUCAGAGUGUGCUGGGCAGGGCCAGGAUGGAGCCAAGGCAGAGCAGUGCCCCUGCCCCUCCUACCUCUGUGACCUCAGGCUCUAGCCUCUGGCUUUGGAGAGGGCUCCAGAGCAGGGUGUUGAGACCCCAUGUGAUCAGGAUGGAACCUAUGGACGUGCCUACUCCCUACUCCCUAGCCUGGGUCAGAGAGAAAGGGCAGCCUCCCCAACAAGCCGGGCAGGUGACUGGGAGACCAGCCCCUGUGGGAAUGGGGGCUUGAAA